AACACAGCAGUUACAGAACCAUACAUCGAACCAGACACACCGUCACGGGCUAAGGAGCGGCCAUGGCUACGGGAGCUUCCUGCUACUACCACCCCGCCGCGGGUAGGGGCAACCCCUCCUCGCCAUCUCUGGGCCUCAGGCCAUCACAGAGCAAGGUGGUCUUCACCAGCGGCGGCGGCGGCGGCAGCAGGUGGUGGAUGAGAAGGAGGAGAGGGGAAGGGAUGACGAGCCGCGGCAGCAUCAGCAUCAGCAGGGCAAGAGCGAGGCCUGCCUUGUUCUCCCCUGUGGCCAUGGAGUGGCAGGAGUGCAGUGCGGAGAUCGAAGUUGAUGUUCCAUGUUCAGUGGCCUAUCAGUGUUACUCGGAAAGAGAGACUAUUCCUCAAUGGAUGCCAUUCAUAUCAACUGUCGAGGUCCUUGAAGAUAAACCAGAUCUUUCACGUUGGACCUUGAAGUAUGCGAUACUCGGUCAGGAUGUAGAAUUUUCUUGGCUUGCCCGAAACAUGACACCUACUAAAAAUCAAAAGAUCCAUUGGCGGUCUCUUGAAGGUCUUCCUAACAGGGGUGCUGUCCGAUUCUUCCCUAAGAGUCCAUCAUCUUGUAGAGUACAGCUAACAGUGGCCUACGAAGUUCCUGAAAUUCUGAAUCCAGUAGCAUCUGCACUAAAACCAUUUCUAGAAGGGUUACUCUUCAAUGGGCUGGAACGUUUCGUGGCUUAUGCAAAGCAGCAGUAUAGCAAGACCCUAAAGUCUUGACGAGAUUUGUACUCAGCAAUAAGAAUUUCAGUUCCAUCCACAAUUGAUGUAAAAUUUGCAUAUCACUAGUUGUGUCAGGUCAAGAACCUGAAGAGAAAUACAAGAUAGCAAAUAAAAUGUUGCAAGUUUGAUUCUGACA